AUGAGCUCCCUACGCGUCCUAGACCUCAUCAAGCCCUUCUCCGCGUUCCUGCCAGAGAUCGUCUCGCCAGAACGCAAGGUGCCCUUCAACCAGAAGCUGGGAUGGACGGCCGUCACGCUCCUCAUCUUCCUGGUCAUGUCCCAGGUGCCUCUGUACGGAAUCGUGUCGUCAGAUUCCUCGGACCCGCUCUAUGUUUUGCGGAUGAUUAUGGCCUCCAACAGAGGAACCCUCAUGGAGCUUGGAAUCACGCCUAUUAUCACGUCUGGCAUGUUCAUUCAGCUCCUGGCUGGCUCGCAACUCAUUGAUGUCAACCUCGACCUCAAGUCUGACCGCGAACUCUUCCAGACCAUGCAAAAGGUGCUGGCUCUCAUCAUCUCAAUUGGACAGGCUAUUGUGUAUGUCGCUUCUGGUACCUAUGGACAACCUGCAGAACUUGGAUGGGGUGUGUGCCUCUUGCUCUGCCUCCAACUCAUCACGGCCUCCAUGAUUGUCAUCUUGCUCGAUGAACUGCUCUCCAAGGGCUAUGGUCUGGGAUCUGGUAUCUCUCUUUUCAUUGCUACCAAUGUCUGUGAAGGCAUCAUCUGGAAAGCAUUUAGCCCAACAACUGUCAACACCGGCAAAGGCCCUCAAUUUGAGGGAGCCGUCAUUGCCUUCUUCCACCUCCUCUUUACGCGCAGCAACAAGCUUGGUGCCCUGAGAGAUGCCUUUUUCCGAUCCAAUCUGCCCAACUUGUCCAAUCUGGUUGCAACGGUGGCUGUCUUUGCCGCAGUCAUCUAUCUGCAGGGAUUCCGUGUCGAAAUCCCAGUCAAGUCUGCCAAAUUCCGUGGUCAGCGUGGUACUUUCCCCGUCAAGCUCUUCUACACGAGCAACAUGCCCAUCAUGCUCGAGUCUGCGUUGACGUCUAAUGUCUUUUUGGUUUCGCAGAUGCUUUACAACAAGUUUCCCAGCAACUUCUUCGUCAGCUUGCUUGGUGUCUGGGAAGGUGUCGAGGGCACCGGUCAGAUUCGUGCCACGUCUGGGCUCGCCUACUACAUGACUGCUCCUCUGUCGAUGAAAGAGGCCCUCCUUGAUCCCAUCCACACUGCUGUCUACGUUGUCUUUAUUGUCACUGCCUGUGCCACGUUCUCGAAGCUGUGGAUCGAGGUAUCUGGUUCCAGUCCUCGUGAUGUGGCCAAGCAGCUCAAGGAGCAGCAGAUGGUGAUGGCUGGUCACCGCGAGCAGUCUAUGUACAAGGAGCUCAAGCGCAUCAUCCCUACGGCAGCCUGGCUGUCUGGUGCUACGAUCGGAGCUCUGGCAAUCACCUCUGACUUGCUCGGUGCCCUGGGAUCUGGCACGGGUGUGCUUCUGUGCGUGACGAUUCUGUAUGGCCUGUUGGAAGCUGUUGCCAAGGAGAGCAACAGCAAUGUGGCCGGCAUGGCUGAUCUGCUGGGCCUGUAG